AUGGCGGACAGUGCGCCUGCGACGCCGGCAGAACGGCAGAGCGUCGGCGCGCACCACCGCAUCGGCAUGCGUCGAGUCGCGCAGCUUGCCCAGGCGCGGCCCGCGCGCACCAACUCCAUCAACGUUGCUUUUCUUCUGUUACCACUGUUCGGCAUUAUUGCUGCAGAAUCAACACAAUUGCAUAUCGUGUGUAAAGACUUCAAUUCCCACCGGUGUUAUACUUUGGAAACGGAAUUCUCUGAUGUGGCUGAGGCGAGGGAAGUCUAUUCAAACACAAAUCUACCCGACUAUUGCUUUAUCAGCAGUUCGAGACUUCAACCAGGAAUAAAAAAAUUCGUAACGGUCACAUCGCCUCAUAAUGAAUUAACACAGUCUCUUUACUGCAAGUCCUUGGUUGUGGGAGUAUUUGACAAGACAAGUAUAGCGAAAGUGUUAGAAGGAUAUCACAGAGAUCGCCGUGAAGCUGCCUACUCUCCCCGAGGUCGGUACAGGGGACAGACCCAGUCCCAAUAUCUCGCAAUAGACCGAGGAAGUGGCAAAGAUGAAGGGAAAGCCGAAGCCCAUUCCGCUGCAGAUUCAUCACGAGCGACAGUCGUUGGCAACAGCGGCAUGGGUCAAGCCCAGAGUCAAUCCAUGUAUGAUCCGAGCUGCGAUGAUUGUUUGGGUCGCAAUGAUUUGGGCGCAGAAAGUUUGAAACGCCGACCAGGUGAAAUUGCAAAUGGGCCAGGAGGUAAUGGUGUUGGAAAUGGCUCAAAUAGACCAGGCGGACUUGGACCUGGUCAAAUGGUCGAUCCUAGAACUAGCGGCUAUGGAGGGAAUAAUCAAGGCGGUACACCUGGUAAUAACUACAACGGACAGUAUGGACAUCCUGGUGCAACUGGCCCUGGUGCAACUGGACCUGGUGCAACUGGGUCUGGUGCAACUAGACCUGGUGCAAUUGGACCCGGAGCAACUGGCCCUAGUGCUGGAUAUGACCCCGGUAAAGAUGGAACACUGGGUGGUACAACUUUUGGGCCUGGACAAGCAUAUCGACCAGGAGACAUGAACAAUGGCGGAAUAGGGCCCCGUGGCCAAUCAAGUUAUGGAAUAAAUCCUGAUGGCACACCAAUUACGCAUGGUUCCAAUGGAUUACCAAAUGGUAACAAUAAUGGCCGUGGAGAUGGCACACACGGAGGUACAGGCCCUGGAAAGUACGGCCCUACUGAUAGUUCUCAAAAUGGCAAUAACAACAUUGGGCCAGGUAACCAACGAUACAUACCUGGAGGAUCGAAUGAUGGAGGUAACAUACCACCAGGAUCUUUGAUGCUACCACAAAACGGAGAUGGAAGUUAUGGUCCAAAUCAAAGCGGACGACCAGGUAACAGCAUAUAUCAAGGCGGUGGUCCAAAUGGAUAUCCGGGACAAAACGGUCUUUACCCAGGAGGAUCAAACUGGCCUUAUAGUGUUCUCGGAGCUGAUGGUGUUAAUUAUUAUUGCUGUGUUCCACAAAACGGUCAAGGUAAUGGGUAUAAACCACCCGGAGCCAUUGGUUCGCCAACCGGAGGCCAAGGUAGUGGUGGACAAUACGGACCUGGGGGACAAUACACUCCUGGUGGAACUGGUGGGCAAUAUGGUCCUGGCACAGGUGGCCCUGGGUCGGGUACAGGCGGGCAAUAUGGCCCUGGUACUGGUGGUCAAUACGGGCCAGGUGGUACAGGCGGACAAUACAGACCAGGAGGCCCUGGUUCAGGAACUGGUACUGGUGGACAAUAUGGACCUGGUGGACCUGGCAGUAGCUCUGGUGGACAAUAUGGCCCAGGCGGCUCUGGAGGUCAAUACAGGCCUGGUGGUCCUGGGUCUGGAACAGGUACUGGAGGUCAAUAUGGGCCAGGAACCACUGGAGGACAAUACGGACCUGGAGGCCCUGGUUCGGGUACUGGUACGGGUGGACAAUAUGGACCAGGCGGUGCUGGAGGGCAAUAUGGGCCUGGUGGUACAGGUGGACAAUAUGGACCUGGGGGCCCUGGUUCCGGAGCUGGUACUGGAGGCCAAUAUGGGCCGGGAGGCCAAGGAGGGCAAUAUGGGCCUGGUGGCACUGGGAGCGGUACUGGUGGACAAUAUAGACCAGACGGUUCAGGUGGACAAUACGGCCCAGGCGGUUCUGGUGGUCAAUAUGGGCCUGGUGGUUCAGGUUCUGGAACAGGUACUGGAGGGCAAUAUGGACCAGGUGGCCCUGGUUCUGGAACAGGAACUGGAGGACAAUAUGGACCUGGUGGUCCUGGAUCUGGAACUGGCACUGGAGGACAAUAUGGACCUGGUUCUGGAACUGGCACUGGAGGUCAAUAUGGACCAGGAGGUCCCGGGUCUGGAACUGGCGGACAAUAUGGACCAGGUGGCACUGGAGGACAAUACGGGCCUGGUGGUACUGGUUCUGGCACUGGUGGCCAAUAUGGACCCGGUGGCUCUGGUUCUGGAACAGGCACUGGAGGCCAAUAUGGGCCAGGUGGCCCUGGUUCAGGAACAGGCACUGGAGGACAAUAUGGACCUGGGGGCCCUGGAUCUGGAACUGGCACUGGAGCACAAUAUGGCCCAGGUGGUGCUGGUAGCGGAACUGGAGGGCAAUAUGGACCAGGUGGCUCUGGUCCUGGAACAGGCAAUGGAGGACAAUAUGGACCUGGGGGACCUGGAUCGGGCACAGGUACCGGAGGACAAUAUGGCCCAGGUGGUACUGGUGGCGGAACUGGAGGGCAAUACGGUCCAGGUGGAUCAGGAAGCGGCACUGGUGGGCAAUACGGGCCGGGCGGCACAGGAAGCGGUACUGGUGCGCAAUAUGGGCCGGGUGGACCAGGUAGCGGUACUGGAGGUCAAUAUGGGCCAGGAGGUCCCGGUUCUGGAACGGGAACUGGUGGACAAUAUGGACCAGGUGGCACUGGUGGACAAUACGGGCCAGGUGGACCUGGUUCUGGAACAAGCACUGGAGGUCAGUAUGGACCAGGCGGCCCUGGUUCUGGAACUGGCACUGGAGGUCAAUAUGGACCAGGUGGCCCUGGUGCUGGAACAGGCACUGGAGGACAAUAUGGGCCGGGCGGUCCUGGUACUGGAACAGGCACUGGCGGGCAGUAUGGACCAGGCGGCCCUGGUUCUGGAACAGGUGCUGGAGGUCAGUAUGGACCAGGCGGCCCUGGUACUGGAACAGGUACUGGAGGUCAAUAUGGACCAGGUGGGACAGGUACGGGUGGACAAUAUGGACCAGGUGGCCCUGGAGGUGGAACAGGCACAGGAGGACAAUAUGGGCCAGGCGGCCCUGGUUCUGGAGGUCAAUAUGUACCAGGUGGCCCUGGUGCUGGAACAGGCACAGGAGGACAAUAUGGGCCAGGCGGUCCUGGUACUGGAACAGGCACUGGCGGUCAGUAUGGCCCAGGCGGCCCUGGUUCUGGAGGUCAGUAUGGACCUGGCGGCCCUGGUACUGGAACAGGCACUGGAGGACAAUAUGGGCCAGGCGGUCCUGGUACUGGAACAGGCACUGGCGGGCAGUAUGGACCAGGCGGCCCUGGUUCUGGAACAGGUACUGGAGGUCAGUAUGGACCAGGCGGCCCUGGUUCUGGAACUGGUACUGGAAGUCAAUAUGGACCAGGUGGGACAGGUACGGGUGGACAAUAUGGACCAGGUGGCCCUGGAUCUGGGCCAGGCUCUGGGGGACAAUACGGGCCAGGUGGCCCCGGUUCUAACAAUGGUGGCCAAUAUGGACCAGGCGGCCCUGGUUCUGGAACAGGUACUGGAAGUCAAUAUGGACCAGGUGGGACAGGUACGGGUGGACAAUACGGUCCAGGUGGUCCAGGUAGUGGAACUGGCGGGCAAUAUGGACCAGGAAGUGGUACUGGUGGGCAAUAUGGGCCAGGUAGUGGAAGUGGAACUGGUGGACAGUAUGGUCCAGGUUCUCCAUACAAUCCCAAUCCUUACGCUCCAGGCGGUCCUGAUAAUCAAGCGGGUUCGGGCGGUAACCAAAAUGGUGUACCACAAAACGUCAUUGACCCCAACUCUAUCAUCGACGGGGAUGACUCAGAAGCUCUAGCAAGUGUAAACCAAGCAGCUAAUGGAACAGUCGCGUCAGCAUCGUCUAAAGGUGGCAACGACAAAGGAAGAGCGCAGACUAAUGUACAGGGUACUUACACAGGCAGUGGAUCUUUCUCAGCUCAAGCAGAAAUUACUGGUGAGAAUAAAGCGGCCAGCAGCCAGGUAGCUGGUGACAAAAGAAGUGCUUCAAGUACAGCCCAAGGCAGUGGUCGAAACAAUAAAUCACAAGCUAAUGUGGAACUUGGCUUAGAGACCGGUUCAGUUGUAACUGGAUCGCAAAGUGAAGGUUUAUUGCACUCGUCUAAUUCACAAGUCCAAGGUAGUGUUAAAGGAGGUAUGGCUGACGCACAAGCACGAGGACCAGGCAGCACAUCUUCUCAAGCCCAAAUAGGAUUUACGCCCUACAAAGAAGGUGAUAAAACGCACGACGCACAGAAAACUCCAUUCGUUGGAGGAGGCGUAGCUUCCGCGCAAUCAAGCGGCAGAACUGGCAUGUCACAAUCACAAUUACACGGCACUUUCAAAUACGGCAUUACAUACAAUGGUGCUGCUCAGGCAGGAUCUAGUUUGGACAAAGAUGCCGUAUUCCCAAAUAGAUUGCCAUUUGAAAAGAUUGACGUCAAUGAUCAAAGCAACAAGAACAUCGACAUUAAUGAUGAGCCCAAUAAAAACACCAAUGUUAAUGAUGAAAUCAAUAAAAACCUCAACAUAAAUGAUGAAAAUCUUAACAUCACAGAAACAAUAGAAUAUACAACUCCUGCACCUUCGUCAGAUCUAUCUACAACGGAAUUAUCAUAUGAACCGGAAGUGCCAGAACCAGAUAAGGAAGAGCCACUUGGCCAGCCUGAAGAAUCGUUUGACACACAUAAACACGAAGAUCAUCAUUUAAAUGACCCAUCAUUGGGGCCCACUCGUUCACCACCAGUAGAAAGUAGACGAUCUUUCCAACCAUCAUACAAUCCAGACGGAGACUACGAAUACUCUCCAGAUAAAGAUGACGCUCCACCAGAAGACUAUGACGAUGGUUUCGGUCCUGAAGGAACUGAUGCUGCCGAUAGCGAACAGGGUUAUAUCAAUCCUAGCUACAAUGAAUUCUCCAGAGAUCCUGAAACAACACAUCAAUCUCUUCAUAGUCCAAAACGAAAAGGCAUAGAAGUGAGACAGACGACGGGUGGUAAUACGCAACAUAUAUUGCUAGGCUCCUUAACAGACCAAGAUGCAGAAAUUACACAGAGGAAUUCGGAACGCCCAGAUGAAAGUAGAAUAUACCAACCUGGAGAACGUGUACCAGGUACUGGUGGUUACACAAUACCUGUUGGAUUCACUGGUAGUGUCAAAUCUGUAGCGUCUAAAGACAAGACUUACGUAGUUGGUUCCAAAGAAUCUCCUUCACAAGCACAAACAGUGUCCCUUACUUCAGGGAGCGGCAGAAUCAAAUACAAAUACCCUCCAUACCCAAGGAAUGUUAAUCCGAAAAAUUUGAGAUCAUUAUACAGUCCUAAACCUGACAAUAAUAACAGGUACGUCUCGGUCUCUAAAUCAGUAACACGUGACCUAGACGGUGAAAAUAAUGUUCGUAAACAGUACUCUCACACAUACUAUACUAAAUCCUCAUCCUGCGGCUAUUUUACAUUUACUUGUACCAUGGUCAGCAGCGCUGAGGGUAGGAAAAAGGUAUGCAAGCCCAAAAUUCCCACAAACCCGGAUGGAACACCAAUGCGGUGUAACUAG